UUCAAGCCAGUUUGAGGCAGUAACUCGCAGCACACUUUCUUCCCUCGCUGAUUGACAGCGUUGCACACGCACCUUCGCUUUGUGUUGCGUGUGAGUGCAUCGCUCACGCCACCAAAUGCAAUUGGUUUUAAAACACUUUUUUUCUUGUCUUUUUUAAGCUUCUCGGACACAGAAUGCUUCGCAGGUGAUAUUUGACGUGAUCGGGUGGUCCCGGGCCUGCUGAUGCACCGCUGCAUGGUCUGAGCAUGGUGCUGCUUCGUUUUUUGGACGACUGACCGGCAGGCCACUUCUUUUCUGGUGUUUUUCUUCCCCCAGGAGCCUCCUGCUUGACGCGCAGGGGAAGAGAGCACUGUCGCAGCUGUAGAGCCUCGGGCUGUGGGCGGGGCGGACUGCACCGUGUCAUCGGGAAGGCCCACUAUAAUGGAGGAGGACCACAAGGUCAUCAACCAAGGCCUAGAGGAUGAGAUGGAGAUCUCAGGCUACCAGAUGUGCCGUUGGAAGCUGUUCUUGGUGGGCCUGGGUGCCGUCUGCACGGGUGGCUUCCUGCUGCUUCCACUUUACUGGAUGCCUCACUGGCUCCUCUGGGCCACAUGCUCUCGGGCCACCAUUGGGGACGCUGAUAUGGUGCUGCUCAGGACCACGGACGAGUUUAAGAGAUGGUUCCGAGCUCGGGUUCGCUGGAUGCUGGCUCCGGGGAAGAAGCCUUUCAACAAGCUUGACUCUCAGACGCCUGUCACAAAUGGCCAUUCCAAGCAUGACCCCACUGGGAUGCAACCCAGUCAGCAUCUGGUAGAGAUACGCUACUUCACACUGCACAGCACAACUUAUUUCUGGAAUGAUAUGAUCCAGAAUUUUGAAGUGUUGAAAGGCCUGGAAGACCUGAAUGUGACCUGCUCGGCUGUCCACUCUGAGCACAGUGCGGGGCUGACCAAGCACAUGCAGGACUACAGGAAGUUGUUUUUUGGGGUGAAUGAAAUUGAUGUGAAAGUUCCUUCAGUUUUUAAACUUCUCAUUAAAGAGGUCCUGAAUCCGUUCUACAUAUUCCAGUUCUUCAGUGUGAUCCUUUGGGGCGUUGAGGAAUAUUACUACUACGCUGCAGCCAUAGUUUUUAUGUCUCUUGUUUCAAUAGCUACCUCCCUCUACACUAUCAAAAAGCAAUAUAUUAUGCUGCACGACAUGGUUGCCUCUCACAGUGUGGUCCGAGUCUCCGUGGUCAGAGCUAAUAAUGACGAUGAUCUGCAGUCCUCGUUGGAGUUUAUGGAGCACCACCUGGGUCGUUAUGUGUCCACAGAGAUUGAGGAGAUGAUGUCCACGGAUCUUGUGCCUGGGGAUGUGAUGAUCAUCCCUAACAAUGGGGCAGUGAUGCCGUGUGAUGCUGUGCUGGUCAGUGGCACCUGCAUUGUCAAUGAGAGCAUGCUCACAGGUGAGAGCGUUCCCGUCACCAAGACCAAUUUGCCGAACCCUGGGCAGGGCCUGAUGGGGUUGGAGGUGGAUGCUAUCUACAGCACAGAAGAACAUAAGAGGCACACGUUGUUCUGUGGCACUCUGGUCAUCCAGACUCGAUUCUACUCUGGAGAGCUGGUCAAGGCUGUGGUGGUCAGGACUGGCUUCAGUACUGCUAAGGGCCAGCUCGUCCGCUCCAUUCUGUACCCUAAGCCCACUGAUUUCAAGCUGUACCAUGAUGCCUACCUCUUCUUGCUGUGCAUGGUGGGUGUGGCUGCGAUCGGCUUCUUCUACACCAUCGUUCUCAACAUCCUGAACAAGGUGCCAGCUAAAACCAUCAUCACUGAAUCGCUGGACGUGAUCACCAUCACGGUGCCCCCCGCCCUGCCAGCUGCCAUGACGGCAGGCAUCGUGUAUGCCCAGCGGCGUCUCAAACAUAUCGGCAUCUUCUGCAUCAGUCCCCAGAGAAUCAACAUCUGUGGGCAGCUGAACCUGGUUUGCUUUGACAAGACGGGUACGCUUACGGAAGAUGGCCUGGACUUGUGGGGGAUCCAGCGGGCUGAGUCAGGCAGUUUCUGCCUGUCAGAGGUCAAUGUCUGCCAGGAGACCCUGGUGACAUCCCCCUUUGUGGUUUGUAUGGCCUCCUGUCACUCUCUGACUAACAUCAAUGGACAACUCUCAGGGGACCCCCUGGAUCUCAAGAUGUUUGAGGCCACAGGCUGGCUCCUUCAGGAAGCCACAGAGGAAGAGACAUCUCUCCACAACCAAAUCACACCCACGGUGGUACGGCCGCCCAGGCAGGUGCUUCCCGAGCCAGCUACACCCCCGGUGCAUGAAAUGGAGCUGAAUGAGCUGUCUCUGUCGUACGAGAUCGGAAUCUUGCGGCAGUUCCCUUUCUCAUCGGCACUGCAGCGGAUGAGUGUGGUGGCCCGGCGACUGGGCGAGAAGCGUAUGGAUGCCUACCUCAAGGGGGCGCCAGAGGUGGUGGCCAGCCUCUGCAGACGGGAAACAGUACCUGGGAACUUCUCUCAGGUUCUGGAGAAUUACACCAAGCAGGGUUUCCGGGUCAUUGCCCUGGCCCACAGACACCUGGAGUCCAGACUCACCUGGCACAAAAUGCAGAACAUCAGCAGGGACCUGGUUGAGAACAACAUGGAGUUUCUUGGCUUAAUCAUCAUGCAGAACAAGCUGAAGGCGGAGACACCGAUGGUGCUGGAGCAACUCAGGCAUGCUAACAUUCGAGCUGUGAUGGUCACAGGUGACAACAUACUGACCGCGGUAUCCGUAGCACGGGACUGCGGUAUGAUACCUCCUCAGGACAGAGUGAUCAUCGCAGAGGCGCUGCCCCCGGUGGACGGCCGGCCCGCCAGAAUCGAGUGGCACUACAUGGAUGAGCCCGGCCUGCAUGAUUCUGACGCCGCUCCGUUCGAGGUGGUCCAGAUCAGCAUGGGUGAGGAAGACCCCGACCCCGAUGAAGACCUCAGACCACUGGAGCAUUACCAUUUCGCCAUGAGUGGCAAGUCAUUCACUGUGGUCACCGAGCACUUCCAGGACUUGGUCUACAAGUUGUUGCUACGGGGUACGGUGUUCGCCCGCAUGACUCCCGACCAGAAGACCCAGCUGGUGGAGCUGCUGCAGAGCGUGGACUACUAUGUGGGAAUGUGCGGAGAUGGAGCAAACGACUGUGGUGCAUUGAAGAGAGCUCACAGUGGGAUCUCUCUCUCUGAGCUCGAAGCCUCGGUAGCCUCCCCCUUCACCUCCAAGAUCCCCAAUAUCUCCUGCGUGCCAAACCUCAUCAGGGAGGGACGGGCCGCCCUGAUCACCUCCUUCUGUGUCUUUAAGUUCAUGGCCCUCUACAGCAUGAUUCAGUAUAUUAGCGUCACGAUGCUCUACUCGAUGCUCAGCAACCUGGGAGACUUCCAGUUCCUCUUCAUUGAUGUCGCCAUUAUCCUGCUCAUCGUCUUCACCAUGAGCCUGAACCCAGCCUGGAAGGAGCUUGUGUCACGACGGCCACCCUCAGGCCUCAUCUCCGGCCCACUGCUCGUCUCUGUGCUGACCCAGAUUCUCGUCUCCCUGGGCUUCCAAAUGUUUGUCUUUCUCUGGGUGCGACACCAGAGCUGGUAUGAGAAGUGGACACCCAGCUCCAAUGCCUGCAAUUCCUCCAGCGUCGCUUCCUUAUCCGUCCACAACACGAAUGUGACCUACGACCCCUACGACAAGAACAUCAGAAACUAUGAGAAUACCAGCGUGUUCUUCGUCUCCUGCUUCCAGUAUCUCAUUGUCGCCAUCGUGUUCUCUAAGGGAAAACCCUUCAGGCAGCCUAGUUACAAGAACUGGCUUUUCCUCCUGUCUGUGUGCAUGUUAUACAUCUUCCUGCUCUUCAUUAUGUUGUAUCCAGUGCCCGCUAUCAAUAAGUUCCUGGAGAUCGUUUGUAUUCCAUUCCAGUGGCGAAUGACCUUGCUAGUCAUCAUCCUGCUCAACACAGGAAUGUCUGUCCUGCUGGAGACCUUCGUCCUCGAUGCCAUCUUAUGGAGGCUGGUGUUCAGCCGAGGAAAACAAUGCAGCAGUGACAUCACAGCUGCCGCCCGCACACCUCAGUCAACCAUUGACCACUGGGGGUCCAGGUGCAUGGCAGCACUGCUUCGCUGGGGUGGCAGGACCCCCCGGGCACGCUACAUGUGCCUGGCCCAGGAGCUGCGGGUGGACCCAGACUGGCCCCCCAAGACCACCACUGAGGCCAUUAUCCCAUCCUAGCUUGCCAAAUGAAGUCUGCGUCCUAGUGAUCAGCCAUCAAGUGAAUGUGACCAGGAAUGGCCGACUUGGAGUGAAAAGAGAAAAAAAAAAUAAAAGACGUUUUUUCUUUCAUUCUUGGUACCGGCAGCCAUAGAGUCUUCUGGCAUCUCUCUGUUUUUGCUGUUCUGAUUUUUCACACUGUUGUCUCUUGGGUGAAAAGUUUACAGGCUGGAAACCGAGUUUGUCAAAUGUACUUCCAGCACCGAUCACCGCAGUGGGUCCAACAAGGACUACUGCAGUGAUUGCUUUUUAAUUCUGUAAAUAUGUAAUUAAGCAAUGGGCUAUUUUAGUUUUUAACAGGAGAUGAUUCUACAGUGCACUGUUGUUUCAAUAAUCCCAAACUAAGGACAACGUGGUUACAUUAUUCACGCACAAAACUUUACAGUCCUGGGGGCAUUUCUCACAGCUGUGGAAAGGCUGAUCCGAUCCGCAGGGCACUUUGACAGUCACAGAAGCACAAAUGCUGGAAAUGUGAUCAUUAAAUGCUUUUACAAAUGGUCCUUAUUGUCCAUUAGUGCCUCAUGCUGUCACAUGACCUGAUCUGCACCGCUCACUGUCACACUGUGUAUGGGUAUCUCUUCCUGUGGAAGAACAGACUAGGUCUGAUAACCGUGAAAGUUGAAGCAUCUUGGAAUUCUUUUUGCUUAUUAACAUUUUCUAUCUGUCGCCUUGAUUGUAAGCUAUGAAUAAAUCUUCACGUUUUGUAAUUGCUGUGCACAUAUGCAUAUUUGACUUUUUCUUCUACUUCCCAGAAGUUUGGCACCUCUCUCCUCACAAAAGUUUUUCACCUAGAAACUCUAUUCCACCUCUCAAAUGUUCCACCCAUUAAGUCUCCUUAAUGUUUUUUUUUUCUUGAUAUUCCACCCACAUCCAUAUUUUUCAUCCCUCUUUAGACUUGUAUGGGGAAAUUUUUCAAACUGCUCCCUUCCAGUCAAUCUUUAACAUAAGACCUCCAAACUUUCUGGAAGACAUCCAGAGUGCAGCUGUGGAAUGAUGGGGUUAAGCUUCACAAACGCUCUAAUGGUAAAACUAGUCAUGGGCGUAAAUAUGUUAUGUUUGAAUAAGAAAAGGAAUAGGAAAAAAAAUUACGGGUGUCUUUAAAUCUUUGAUUCUCAGAAUGAGAAGUUGCCUAAAUUGCAUCCUUAUAGAAGAAUGUCAGGUGGUGCAUUAUUCUUGGGUAUUGUAUCGUCUUAUCUGUGUGACAGAACUGCCCUGUUUAAGCAUCUGAAGUGCAUCUAAUGGCUCUUAUUCAGUCCAGUGUCACAAAUGACUUUAAAUUACUGCAUUUUAUAUAAUAACUGCCAAGCAAUAUUUGCAGGAGCUAAUUUUAAUCCAAGCCAUUGUGCAUUAUGUUAAUGACAGCCGAUUUAGUGUAAAAUACUGAUGUGAUGUAAAUAUUUUAGAUAAAUGUAUAAAUUAACAUUUAAACACAAUUUGAUUCUCUCGUUAUGUGUUAAAACCAUGUGCCUUUGCAAUUCCCUUCUCAAUCAGAAGAAAUGAAAACUGAUCAUUUUUGGUUGCUUUACAAUACAAGUAAAAGGUCACAAUAUAUGAGAAAAAUGUCUUUAUUUUAUUUCUUUAUCAGCUUUGUUCUGAUUUUAGGAACAAAUAAGACACUUUUGUCAUAAGACAAUGAAGUCAAUAUGAUCGUCACAUGUCAUAGUUAUUUUUAUUAUUGUUGUUGGGUGUAAAUCCUAAUAUGUGUAUUUACAAUCGAAUAGAAUAUUUGUGUAUUUUUCAUAAUCCCACUAGUUUGCACUUGAUUUUAUAAAUGUCCCUUUGAAACUAUUGCAUAAUGUUUUACCUCAUCGAUUACUAUGUUUGUAUGUGUUGUACAUAUAUUGUAGCAUUUGUGUAUGUAAAGUCAAGUAUUAACAUUGAGCAAUUCUUCUGUAUUUUGAACAGGGUGUGUAGAUUUUGGGUUUAAUGGCAAUUAAAUGAAUUUAAGUA